AUGGCUGACCGUCAGUAUCCACACCAAGUUCAAGUUCAUCCUUCAACUCGUUAUGAAGGUGGUGGUGGUAUGAGGACACUUCUUCCUCAAAAAGGUCCUUCAACUACUCAAAUUUUAGCCAUUGUUACGCUUGUUCCCGUUGGCGGACUACUUUUAGGACUUGCAGGCCUUACUCUUCUUGGCACCAUUAUUGGUCUCGUUGUUGCUACUCCUGUUUUUCUACUCUUUAGCCCUGUUCUUGUACCUGCUGCUAUCACCGUUGCUCUUGCUGUCACUGGCUUCUUGACUUCAGGUGCAUUUGGGUUGACGGGUCUAUCAUCACUUUCUUGGAUUGUGAAUUACUUUAAGGAAGGGAGAAGCAUGACAGAGCAGUUGGAUUACACUAAGCGGCGAAUUCAAGACCGAGCUGCGGAAGCUACGGCACAAGUUGGACAAAAGACUAAGGAUGCUGGACAGGCAAUACAGAGCAAAGCACAGGAAACCAAAGAAAGUGCUAGGGCCUGA